AUGGUCAUCUUUAAUCAAAGAAAGGAGCCUACCUUACUUAACAACGCUCUUUCGAAAGAAAUAACGGCAGCGUUGGGAAAUCCUAACAUAACGCUGUUGUCUACCUUGACUAAAAAGGAAACUACGAGGCUCCAAGAAGAAUUCCUUAAGAGCGUCAAGAUGCCAAGUGCUAAAGCAAGCCUUGAAUYUAUGAAUGCAUUACUUAAUAAACAACGAGAAAAACUCCAACGAUUAGAAACCGUCAAAGGGGAAAAGAGUGAAGAACUCAAAAAACUUCCGCCAAAUAGUGACGCGACUGGAGGCUUGGUGAGUUACUUACAAAACGCAAGAGCCGAAAGGGAAGCACUUCAAAAGGAAAUACAGGAAAAUAACAUAACCAUCAACGACCUUACGCGACAACUCGACGAAGCAACCAAGGAAGGGGGUGGUAUCGAUAGUCGCUUCGAAGCCGUCCAGGAGGAAAACCAAGCAUUGCAGGGGCGCAUAGAAGAAUUAGAAGACGAAUUCAUAAAACAAGGUAGGCUAACUAGUGCGAGUCAUACCGCCGAAAUUGCUGACUUUAAAGCUAGGCUCUCUAAGCUAGUAGAAGAAAAGUCUAGAGCAAGGAAGCAGCUAAAGAUUGCGGUGAAUGAAGCGGCGGGGAAAGAUGCAGAACUACAGCGCUUGGGAAAAGAAUUAAUGGAGUCUGUUGACAGAGAAAGGAAAGUCAUGGCGGACAAGGCAGUGGCGGAGGAACGAAUACGACAACUUCAACAGGCCGUCGAAGACUUGGAGGGGCAUCCGGGUGUUCUCGACUUGGGAUAA